AUGGCUGAGAUGAAAGUGAGAGACACGACAAUCCCACUUACCACCAGUGUAACUUUAUGCAUUCAGAAACCUCAAGCUGGUAAAAGAUUUGAACUGAAGCAGAGUAUGGUGCAACUAUUGCACACAAAUGGACAGUUCACUGGUUUAUCGCACGAGGAUCAACAAGUUCAUAUCCAAAAUUUCCUCGAGAUUAGUGACACUUACACUCCAGCUGGAAUGGACAAGUUCCUUAUUAGGUUUUUCCCAUCUGGGAAAACAGCUAAGCGAAUGAGUGACAUACUGAGCUUUCUACAGAAAGGAGGAGAGAACUUGUACCGUGCUUGGGACAGGUUCAAAUCGAUGUUGUUGAGCUCUCUGCAUGAUCAUCAGGCUAACAAGGUGUUGGUCCAUACCUUCAUUGAAGGAUUGGAGCCUAACACCAAGAUUUUACUUGAUUCAGCUGCAGGUGGACAAGCUUUGGAGAGUACUUAUGCUGAGUUGUUCACCCUGUUGAACAAGAUUUCACAAGGGAACCCCAAGUGGAAUGGAGGAGGAGCUAAACCCGUGAUACAGAAAACUGUUGGAAUGGUGGAGGUAGAUGCAGUGACUGCAUUAACUGCACAAAUUGUUGCAAUGCAGAACAUGAUGAACACUCACUUCAACAACCUAUCGCUGGGACAACAACCAACUCAGGAAAUGCACAAUGUGGAGAAGGUCAUCAGAACUAUUGGAACUCCUAUAAUCCUAGUUGGCGGAAUCAUCCGAAUUUUUUCUGGGGAGGAAAGCAGAACUCAGGCCCUUGGCCAGAAUCAAUAUAGACCCCAGGGGGAUUCACAUGGGUACCAACAACAGGCUCAACAGGAGCAGCCCAACAAUCAGCAAAGUAACAUGAGCAUGGAGGAGAUGCUGAAGAAGAUCAUGGCUGAUCAAGCUCAUGUAGCUGCUGACGUUAGACAUAAUCAGUUACCUAACCAGAACUUGGAGAAACAAUUUGGGAAGUUUGCUAGUGCCCAGAACUCACGACCUCAAGGAGAUAUUUUGCAGGGUAUACCCAGGAAUGCGAAGUAUGUGAAUGAGAUCGUGGCAAACAAGACGAGGCUGACUGAAUAUGAAACUGUAGCACUUACUGAAGAGUGCAACUCCCAAAUCCCAAAUAAGUUGCCCACCAAACUGAAAGAUUCAGCUUACCCAAGGAAUGCUAAUGCCCGCAACGCUAAUGCAACUCCUCCAGUCCCAAGUCAUGAGGUUUCAAAUGCUGAAUUUUGGAAUGUCAUUCAACUUUUGGCCUGGAGUGUAGCCAACCAGAACAAUCAGCCAGUUCCUACUAAUGGAAAUGGUGGACCAGUGAAAGCUAGGGACUGA